AUUUUACUAACUAAUUACUUUCUAGGUGAAAAUGAGAGUCGCAUUCUUUAUCACCGACAUUGGACCACAUGGCCAGAUCAUGGUGCACCGACAACUGUCAUGGUACCAUUUUCCCUCCUACAGUCAGCAAGAGAGCAGAAAAGGCCAGUUGUUGUCCACUGCUCAGCCGGCAUCGGUCGAACGGGAACUCUUGUCCUAUCAGUUCAUGUUUUCGUGGUUGUAAUUUCAGCUUAUUACAGUAGUCUGAAGCGGGGCAGCUUUCCGAAUUCGAAUGAUUACAUGCAGACGUUACGUGCAAAUAGGGCAGGGGCAGUGCAAACUGAAGAUCAGUACGCUUAUUCGCACUAUGUUGUGGUCCGAUUGCUAUACGCUAAAAAAGUAUACACUUCAAAGGAUAUAUCAGGUAAUCAGAUAUUUCAUUUGGAUUCUUUCUUUUCCCAAUACAUUCAUUUUUUACUGCACGGAAACCUACCAGUACAGGCCACAGAAUCGAUACCUCAGAAAAUCGCAAUAUAUCAGGAAAAGAAGACAGCUCCAAAAAAGAUUAACACCUUUGAGGUUCAGGAACUGCUUGCAGUACAUAAUACACAGCUAACAUCCUCCAAGUUCGAAAAGUUCGAAAAUAAAACGGCUCAAGAAUCGGAACUUGAACCGCUGAAGGUUUCUUCAACUGAGAAACGUGAUUAG